UUGGGAUUGUUGUUCUAGCUGUAUCGCUACGGACUCUAGAUCCUGUUGAGCACGUGUAGUUUCAACGAGGUGCUCGUUGUUACGUUGAUGUAAUUGCUCGAUCUGCUCUGUCAUCUCUCGCUGUCGCUGUUGUUCACGCUCGCUCGCGAGUUCCAGCUCUAAACAGCGGCGUCUGAGCUCGUCAGCGCGCUGUUCCAGUUGCGUCAUCUCGACCUCACGUGAAGCACAGCGCUCGCACGAGUCUGCACGACAGAAGCUGCCGGAGCGUGAGGGAAGUGAGGGUCGUCUCUGAAGCUGUGUGUGGUUAGAGGCGGCACCGUACGGGUCGUAGCGCUGCAACGCAGUUUCGAGUGCUGCGUUUUGGUCACGUAGACGCUGUGCGUCUUUCACGCAGCGAUCCCGGUCGCCUUGUACAGCUUCCAGCUCGUCAUUUAAGGAGUCGAUCUCUUCGCGUGCAGUUCGUAGCUCUUCGAGCAGUGCAUUGCCGGCAUUAGCAGCUAAGCGCAAGUUGUCUUGCUCGCCAGCGAGCUCCAUUAAUACGCGCGAGAGCUUCUCUUCGAGCAGUCGCUCUCUCGCAGAACCUUCGUCCUCUGGAUUGUUACUGCGAUGCUUCGUACCUCUGACGCCUUCGACAACAGAGUUGUGGCUGUCGUCUACGAGCAAGUCGACGAUGAGCUGGCGAACGUGGUCAAGCAUUUCGUGGUCGUCGGUCUCCUGUUCCUCGUGUGCGACGUCGUCGCUGACCAGAUGCAGACUGCUGCGACUGCUGCUCGUGGUGGGCGACGGUAGUGUCCACUGGUUGGGACUUGUACAGGCCAUUGAGUCUCAGCCGACGUCGAGGUUCCGGUGCUUUUCUUAGUCUACUUGCCAAUGCAGAGUGAGCGAGCGUCGCGUGUGCGAAGGUAUGGGAAGCUGGGUGUCUUCAAUGCUCAAGCCGUUGAGACUUGUUUGUAACGGUCUUAGAAGAGCUCUUCGAGAAGUGUACCAUAUUUAUGGUACAUCUUAGGCUGGCUUGCUAUAUCUGGAGAUGUGAAGGUACGAAAGCCUCUUCCAUCCUUUCGUUGCUCCAUUGCAACGCAUAGACGACGUCGAGGCAUUGUGCGUCGAGGUCGGUUCGGCGUGACGCAAAUUCGGAUCAAUUCACGGGAACUGAAGCAUUGGAGCUCAUUGGAGCUGAAGUUGAAGUUGAAUUGGUACACGAAUGGCACAUCUGAGUGAAAGACAUGGAGAUGCCACGAGACGACGAGGUGAGCUGAUGCGAGAGCGGAUGCAGAUGUUGGCUGUUCGCACAAGCUACCCCGAUGCCUUUCAUCGCUCGCGUCGCAGCUCAGCAGCUUCAGCCAUAACCACCACUGCGGUUGUUGCUGUUAGCGACCAACUCGCUGUAAGUAAUACCGGUGGGUCCGGUCGUAAUAGCUCGUACUUACAUCAUCUGCGACGCACACCCGAAGAAAUGGCGGAAUUCAGUCGACAGUGUGAGCAACGAGUAGCACUAACAAGAGAGAAGGAGAUUCAAGCACAACGUCGAGCACUUGCAGUCGAAGAGGAGCGCCAAGCUCGCAGUCAACUUGCAGGUGAAGCUGCGCCAGCCCAAGCUGCUCAAAGACUUCGAGAACGACGGGAGAAGCAACGACGCACUGCUGAAGCUGAGCUGGAGGCGUUAGUAGACCAGCAAGAGUCUUCCCUUGAGGCGAUGAACAUCGCUCGGAUGCUGUCACCUCGGUUUCAAGAGCAUGUGAACUUCACACCGGCUGUAGUAAAAUAUUCCGCUGAAGAUGAACGCGUCAAGCACCUCCUCUCAACUACACGUAUCGGCUCCUAUUACCAAUAACCUGGAUAUAUUUCCUGAAAUUUACUUUAAAUUUCCGUUAGAAAGGUCCGCGUAAACUGCAUUUGUUUCUAGC